AUGGCACAUUCAUACUUGGAAUACCUGCGACUCAAGGCGAUCGUCUCGGCUCUGCGGUAUUUCGAUGGAGAGAAGCCGGCUGAGCCCAGGCCCGAUGACUCAUUCACAUUCAAGUCCAGCGAUGGCCAGCGUGAGUUGAAAGUCAAUGUUUACAACUCCAAGGUCGGUACUGGACCGAAGCCUGUCGUCCUCAACUGGAAUGGGGGUGCCUUUGUCUUUGCAGCCCACGGAUCUGACGAUGUCUUCUGCCGGCGCGUUGCCGACCAGACGGGGUAUACGGUGCUCGAUGCCAGCUACGCGUUAGCACCUGAGUACCCGUUCCCAUCGGCAGUGGAAGAUGCGGAAGAGCUCGUCUUGCAGGUGAUCAAACGGCCGACCGAGUACGACUCUCGGAAUAUCGUCCUCUCGGGAUUCAGUUCGGGUGGUAAUCUCGCCCUUGCGGCGGCGUCAAAUCUGAAAAGACAGUCCAAGAUUUCGAGCGAUGUCAUUCGCGCUGUCGCAGUGCUCUACCCGUCUACUAACAUGACGAUUCCUCCUGCCGAGAAGAGGACCUUGGAUGGGUCUCUUCCGCCUGUGCCGCCAGUUCUUGGAAUCAUCAUGAACGCCUUCAGGUCUUCCUACCUCCCGCCUGGUGUAGACCCGGCUGAUCCCCGAGCUUCAGUCCUGACGGCGGACCCGAAUACCUUUCCCGACCGCGUGUUGAUCAUCACUGCGGAGAAGGACAGACUUGCUCCUGAGGCCGAAGAGCUUGCGGAAAAGUUGCAGAAGGCUGGGAAAAACGUGCUCUUGAAGCGGUUCGACGGCGUCGCGCACGGCUGGGACAAGACGAAGGACGAGGAGUCUAAUGAUGCGCGAGUUAGAGAUGAGGCCUACAGUCUCGUCGUCAAGUUCCUGUCCGGUCUGGAGUCGUGA